AUACUGGCUACGAUCAGUACGUUCUGAAAGGCAAUCGAAGUACGUUCAGAAUUAAAUCAAAGAAAGUUUAUAAGGAAAAUUCAGCAACUUUAAAGAAAAUGAGACCACCAAUUAGAAGCAUAGAGGAGGGACCAAUCGACGGGGCAAGACCCCAAGACCAUUCAGAAACCUAUUGGAUGCUGCUAAGAAGCAGUUGUUUAACAAAAAUUGUCAACGAGCCGAUAUAUGUGUCCAAAUAUUAUACGUGGACGAAAUUGUGUGUGGAAUGUUAUUUUGUAAGACGAUUUAGAGGAAUAGAUCCGUACGUAUUUAAGGAAAAUUAUCAUUCUAUAACAUCAAGAUUACAUAGAUUAAGUUGGGAACAUAAAUUAUCCUGCAUACAGUGUAAAAAGGAACUGAUGGGGGCAAGACCAGCCCAUCAGUGUAGAGACUGUAUAGAGGAGUACUUAUUGUUAGUCAAUGAAGAAAUGUUUAAUACCAGGGAAAAUGCGAAAAUGAAUUAUGAAACCGAGAUGUUUAAAAGAUAUUAAAAAAAAAAAGAAAAUUGUAAAUCCAAAUUUAAAAAAAAAUCAAAUCAUCAUACCUUGCACUAUAUACCAUAUUAUACUUAAAAAUCAUACAAUG